AUCAGCUCCGAGAUUGAAAGAAGUGCGAUAUAUAAAGCUGGAAAUGUCUGUGUAUUUUGUCAGAGGGUACCUUUCAGAAUGCAAUAGGAUUGUCCACCUGUGUAGGCCUAGCUGGGCUUGGAUCAACAAAGUUCAGAAAAGGAAAAAAUCUAACCACCAAAACUGGAAUUACACCAUGGACCACAAAACAAAAUGUGAAUGAAAGGAUGAUAUUGGAUAAGCUUAACACAUCUUGAUUUCAGCUGCAGAGUGCAGCUAGCAGAGUAAAAAAGCUGAGUUGGAGAAACCUUUAAAUAUCCUGGAAUAUGGUGGAAGCAGUACUGAUAGAUCUGUUCAGCUUCACAGCCAACUUGCAGAGCAACAUCCAAGGAUUACUACACAACACUCUGGAAGCUAUUGAGAAAUGCUCUUCCAGCCAUGCUCCCUUUGUUUAUGUCAUGUGUUGCCAGAGGCAGGGGAGUGAAAGGAAUGGUGAGCAAGAGUCCUUGCUUCCAGCUCUGAGAGGUUUUCAGAGUCUGAAGAGAAGACUGGAGGUGGUAUGUGCUCAGACUACAGCUGCUGCUUUGUACACCGUCAAACAGAGACUGGAUGAAAACGACCUGAGCAUCAUUAAAGUUAUUGUCUCUACCUUAAGAAAAGACUUAAUGAAAGUAUAUAUAGACCAUCUCUUUACAGCAGUCUACCAGUUUGAAUUUGAGGAUUUACAGGUGGCACCUGACAGUGAAAGCCUGCAGAUAUCAGAACAUCAGCAUGAAGGGCAAAUGCUUCCUUCACAGGACAUGGCACUCAUCCAAAGUGAGAUUCAGAUGUACUUGGAAAGCCUGCCAAGCCUGAAAGGGGAGCUCACCAUCCUCAGAUCUUCCCUGAUCCCAGAUGAUAUUUUCUUACAUGGGUUCACCACAAGGACAGGUGGGAUCUCCUACAUACCAACUCUAAGCUCCUGCAAUCUCUUCAGCAGUUCCAAGCGCAGGGACCCACAAAUUGUUGUUAAAGAAAAUCUCCGCCGGCUUGCUAAUGCUGCAGGAUUUAACCCUGAGGCUUUUCACAGGGUCAAGGUAGAUCACGCUAAUGCUGUGUGUAUUAUGGGAAAGACAGAGCCUGACGACUAUGAUGGAAUAGUUACAGAUCAGAAGGGUGUCACGCUGGCAGCUCCAGGUGCUGACUGCAUACCCGUGCUCUUUGCUGAUCCUGUCAGAAGAGCCUGUGGUGCUGCUCAUUCUGGAUGGAAGGGCACUUUGUUAGGAGUGUCUAUGGCCACAGUGAAUGCUAUGGUGUCUGAAUAUGGCUGUAACGUGAAAGAUAUCCUUGUGGUGCUGGGCCCAUCUGUGGGACCUUGCUGCUAUAGACUCCCUCAUGAAUCAGCAAAAGAAUUUCACAGAAUUGAUCCAAAAUGUGUGAGACUAUUUGACUCUGCAAAUCCUUAUAUUGAUAUCAGAAGAGCAACAAGGAUUCUUCUUGAGAGAGGUGGGAUUCUUCCUGAGAACAUCCAAGAUGAUUCUAUCACAGACCAGAACCAAAACAUAACUUUCUGUACUGCAUGCCACCCUGAUAAAUUUUAUUCUCACUUCCGUGAUGGCACUAACUUUGGGACACAGAUUGGCUUCAUAUCAAUCAAAGACUGAGACAGUAUCUCUUACUCUAGGACAGCAUUUAGAUAAUAAGUUUGCUGCAUUGUCUGGCAUCCUGCUCUCCUCAUAGAAGUUUUUCCUCCUUUCUUUCACAGACUUGUAGUAGGGAAUCCAUGGGUCUUGAGAUUCUCCUGCUUGUUCCUUCCCUUGCCCUUCUGAGGCAAGAAUAAGUACCUUUGGUGUGGGGACAACAGUUCUUGUGUGAGACAGGGGGCAAAGGAAACAAGGACAACCCAUACCAGUGCCAAAAUCCUUCUGCAAGACCCAGACGCAUGCUCCAAGUUUAUGGAUCAUCCUUGACCAAAUGUUUUCAGAAACCUCACUAUCUUAAGGUGGUGGAAACCCAAAAACCACCAGUCUUCAUUAGCUUGUGGUUGAGACUGCUGAAUGAUGCUAAGUAUGACAUUGCUAAUACAGAAAGGGAAGCCAGUGUUGCAUGUUAGCUGUUUGAGACACUCAACUUGAAUAGUUUCAGCCGAAACCUUAAAAAUUUUGUGCAUGGGAUUAAUUUUCUCGUUUGGAUUAGUUUAAAGAACUCCAAAAUACUUACAAGAAUUUUCCUAUGGAAAAUAACUUGACAAUGAGAAGCAAGCGGGCUCCUUUGGAGCAGAUAUUGAAAGUGUAUGAACUCUCACCCUUCUGUAAUUUUUGGUUGUAGGAAAAGUAGGACUAAAUCCCUUAAUUUAUGAUGUAUAUAUUCAUGUCUUCUUAGUAUUUUUUUUCUUUAAACAGUGGUACUUUCAUAAUGUCAUUGACACACUCUCAACAAUGCCAAAUUGUUCAAUAAAUAUCUAAAAAGUUA